AUUGUCCCAUUCAUGCAUCUUGAAAUAUCAUCUCUCUCAUUUCACGAUCCAUCUCAGUUUUUUUUUUUUCCUGUAAGCAAAGGACCUUUUCAAAUCCUCCAUAAUAGAGUACUGGAAGGGAGUUAAAAACAAGAAUGGUCCAGCAAAAUCUCCUGUGAAUCACUCGAGUCCCCAACACCUCGAACACCAAAUUGGACCCAUCUCUGAUCUUCUCCAACUCAAGACUCCAAGAUCCUUCUUGUUUUUUCCCCUCUCUACCUUGCUGUUUUCUUUGUACUUGUAUAUAUCUUGGCCCACCAAUUCCUCCACAUCUCAAAACCUUUCCUUUCCCUUGCCCUUUUUGUGCCCUUCCUUUUCCUUUAUUCCCAUCUCUCCCUCCACAAAUCCCCCAGUCUCUACAGAGAAACCCCUCAAAAUCCCAAGGCCCAUCAGUCCCUAUAAAUUAAAGCAAGAAAGACCCUUUUACAAAACCUCCUCGAAAGUGAGAGAACAGAAAGAAAACACCUCCUUGGUUCUUUCCCUCUCCCCUCUCAUAAAAAAACCCAAAAAACUAAGCACCACCUCUCUCAAUCCUUUACAAAAAGGAGCAGCAGAAUGAAAGAAUAUUGGGGCUCUUUGGCCUCAAUACUUGGUGUGUUGGCCUUUUGUCAAAGUCUCCUUCAUGUAUUAUUCCCACCAGAGCUCCGGUUUGCAACUCUGAAACUCUUCAACCGGGUCUUUAACAUGUUCACUUCUUAUUGCUACUUUGAUAUAACAGAAAUUGAUGGAGUCAACACCAACGAGCUCUACAACGCAGUCCAACUCUAUCUAAGCUCCUGUGUCACCAUCUCUGGCAGCCGUUUGAGCCUCACUCGUGCUCUGAAUUCAAGUGCCAUAACUUUUGGCCUAACAAACAAUGACACUAUCUUUGACACCUUCAAUGGUGUUACUGUCCUUUGGGAACAUAUUGUGACUCAAAGACAAGCACAGACAUUUUCCUGGCGUCCAUUGCCUGACGAGAAGAGAGGUUUCACUCUACGUAUCAAGAAAAAGGACAAGUCUUUGAUUCUUGAUUCUUAUCUUGAUUACAUUAUGGAGAAAGCCAAUGAUAUGAGGAGGAAAAACGAGGACAGGCUUUUGUACACUAAUUCAAGAGGUGGGUCUUUGGAUUCAAGAGGGCAUCCUUGGGAGUCAGUGCCAUUUAAGCACCCGAGUACUUUUGAGACUCUGGCUAUGGACCCUGUCAAGAAAGCUGAGAUCAUUGAAGAUUUGAAAGAUUUUGCAAAUGGUCAAUCUUUUUAUCAAAAGACAGGUAGAGCUUGGAAGAGAGGUUAUUUGCUUUAUGGACCUCCUGGUACUGGUAAAUCUAGCAUGAUUGCUGCCAUGGCUAAUUAUCUUGGUUAUGAUAUUUACGAUCUUGAAUUGACUGAGGUACACCAUAACUCUGAACUUAGAAAACUUUUGAUGAAAACAAGCUCAAAAUCUAUCAUUGUUAUUGAGGACAUUGAUUGUUCUAUUGAUUUGAGUAAUAGGAAGAAGGGUAGUCCUAAUAAUAGUAGUUCUAUUGGGAGGAGUUACUGUGACCCAGAAAUGCGAUCUGGGCCUGGUGUUAGCACUGGUGAUGAAGGAGGGAAUUCAAUAACUUUAUCUGGGUUAUUGAAUUUUACUGACGGGUUGUGGUCAUGUUGUGGAAGCGAGCGGAUUUUCGUGUUCACAACAAACCACAUUGACAAACUUGAUCCUGCAUUGUUAAGGAGUGGUAGAAUGGACAUGCAUGUUUUCAUGAGCUACUGUUCAUUUCCUGCAUUGAGGAUCUUGUUGAAGAAUUACUUGGGCAAUGCAGAAAGUGAUUUGGAUGAGGGGGUUUUGAAGGAAUUGGAAGAGGUUAUUGACAAGGCAGAGAUGACUCCUGCUGAUAUAAGUGAGUUAUUGAUCAAGAACAGGAGAAAUAAGGACAGGGCAGUGAUUGAAUUGUUGGAGGCAUUGAAGAAUAAGGCAGAGAUGAAAUUGAAGAGUGGAGAAUGUGUUAGAGAGAAGAAUUUGAAGGAUGUGGGAGAGGAAGAGGAAGAGCAAGAGAAGAGAGCUUUGGAGAGUCCUAAAGAAGGUUGUGACUAUGAGGACGGCAUCAAGAAAGAAGACGAGGAUGAAGAGAAGAAGAUUAAAUGAUAUAGAAAAUGAAGUAUUUUACUGGCUGGUUUCUGGAUUGAAAGUAUUUCUAUUUUAUCUUCAAAUUGUUGCUGGUGCAUAGCAUAAGCGGUGGUGGUGGGCUGCUGCGAAGAUUGGAAGUGAAUCGGUACUGGAUAAUAUUAGGUCUCCAAUUUUUUUCAAUGUUUAAUAUUAUUAUCCAUCUUAAUGUUAAUUAAAUAAUGAGAGUAGUAUCAUAUGAUCAACAGAUAAGCUUAUUUGCA